AUGACGACAAUGGCGACGCAGGGCGCUUGUCUACGAAUGACCUCAUUGCCGAAGUCCGUGGCUAAGUCAACCGUGACUUCAAAGGAGCUUGGGUUUCUCACUUCACAGCUCAGCGGCUUAAGAAUCUCUCAUGGUCCCAGUGACGUCAUCAGUCGCAUCUCUGUUCCUACCUUUCCCGGUCUUCAGCCAAUUGUCGCCCUUAUGUCUUGCUUGGGCAUAAAAGUGAGUAGUGAGUUUAAGGAAGAAUCUGCCCUUUUACUGGGAAGAAAGCAAACAGAGCAAACAAAGUCUCCUUCUCUAACCACAAGACCAAGAAGUUGCAGUUCGUCAACUUACAGUACAAAAAGGUUUGGUGGGAAGCGGGGAAACGUUUUGUGA